CACAUCACAUUCGCUCGACCUGUUUGCCCGCAGCGAGAUCGCAGCCGCAUUCUACAGGCACACUUCGGCUCUUCUCAGGCGUACGACAUGGCGAUAGAGAGCAAGCAAGCCACAUAUUCAAUCAAUGACAAGGCCCUGGAGAUUGACCUGACAGUGCAGGAUAUAGUCUGGGAGAAAGACCGACAUGGGGAAAGUCUAAUGUUUCAAAUGUAUGAAGGAGUCCGAUGUGGCUGCUUCAUAGAUCCCGGCAGAGUGAAGAACUUCAAGCUCCGACCUGAUGACAUCUAUUUCCCAGGGUAUCUAAGAACAGGCGGACAUUGGAUAUGGGAGAUGACCUGCAUGCUGAUCAAUGGCAAAGCUGAGACCAUCACCCGGUUUAAGGACUACCUAGGACUUGCCACUGUUGGCGACCUUGACAAACAAGCCUCGCCCCGAGUCCUCAACUGCCAUGCUCACUUGACGCAAGCUCCGUUGGACCUGAAGGAGAAGAAGUGCCGAGUCAUCUUCACGAUGCGCGACCCCAAAGACGUGGCAGUGUCGUUGUACAGGAUGCACCAUGGCCAUCGGGAUGCCGGUGGGAACGUGUACAACGGAACAUUUGAAGACUUCCUCCAGCUGUUCUUGGAGCAAAGGGUAAACAGAAAUGGAAUAUUUGAACACGCCCGGGAUGCUGAGAAGUAUUUCCAAGAAAACCCAGACAUACCUGUUCACUACCAGCUAUACGAGGACACCCAAAAGGAUCCAGUUGCAACGGUGCGCGCUUUAUCCGACUUUCUGGGUCUCCAAAGGGAUGAUGAUCUGUGUUGUGCUAUUGCUGAUGAAUGUCACUUCUCCAAGAUGAAAGUGAAAAAAGAAGCCUACGCAAUGAAGGUUGAUGGUGCAAAUAAUCUUUACGGAAAAGGCGUCUCUGGGGAGUGGAGGAAUUGGUUCACUGAUGCCAUGCUGGACGACUAUUACAGGGUGUAUGAGGAGCAGAUGAAGGGGUCCAGAUUCUACGAGCGCUACAACAGACAUAAUGAUACCCAGUAACUGCUGGAUGAACAGAGGCAAUUUUGAACAAACUCACUUGCCU